GAUGAUCAUCGAGAUGAUACUGACAACCUUUGACAAUGAGAACAGAACGCCCUGAAUUUGUGUCCAAAAUCAAAAACCCGAAAAAAGAAAAAAGAAAUACCUUCUAAACUUUUGUAGUACUAAGUGUAUAUACAGUAGGAGAUUUUUCAGUAGUAUUAAAAUUUUUUAAUGUCAAGAACACAAAAAUCAGGGAGCAGAUAAAGAAAAAGUUCACAUUCUCAAAGUUAACGAAUAUAAUGUAGUAGUAGUAGUACUAAUGGUAACAUGGUAUCAAAUGUGAAAGAAACAGAUUAAUAAAAAGUCAAUUAAGAGUUCAAUUAACAAAUGGGUUCAAUUAACAAAUGGGUAUUUCUUUUCUUUGUGGGUUUCCUGAUCAAACGGUUCAUGAAAUGGAUUUCAUAUACGAGAAUGUGAUUGGGGAAAAGGAAACUGUAGUUAUUAAAAUACAAACUGACAACAAAGAAGAAAAAAAGGGAGGGGGCUGGGCCUUUUGGAUAUUAAUCAAACAAUGCGAAAAAAGGGAUUUUGAAGUGUCUGCAAAUACAAGGUGAAGUUUCUUUGCACUCUCUGGCAGAAUUUUGGAAAGCCCAGAGAUUUUGAGAGGUGGGAUUUUUGAGUUAUCAGAUUUGCAGCAAGCUUUUUAGGGUUUUGAUUUGAUUUCCCAGUAGUGUUUUAGGUUUUUGGGAUUUCUUAAAAGGAGGCAUUGGUGCCUUAUACUUAUUGGCAAGCUUGAGUUUUGUUGGGUCUGGCAUGUUUGCAUGAUGUUUAGUGCUCAAGGGUCUUCAAGGAACCAUUGCAGUCUCCUUGCAGUUCUUUGUGGUGAUAAAGUUUCUGAUAAUAGACCGAAGCAGUCAGAUUCUGAUGAUAAGCCCAGAUUCCCCUUUCCAGAGCUUGCUUCUUCAGGGCGCAUCGAGGUUCAGCUUCUGAACAACCCUAGCGUUGAUGAGUUCCGGCGGGUUCUUGAAUCUUUAGAGCCAAAUAUUGUUUACUUGCAAGGAGAGCAGACUGCAGAUAGCGAAGAAAUUGGCUCUCUGGUUUGGGGAUAUGUUGACUUGUCCACUCCAGAAGCCUUAUGCGGACUCUUUGGUUCCACAUUGCCCACCACUGUUUAUUUAGAGACCCCCAAUGGUGACAAAUUGGCAGAGGCACUUCACUCCAAGGGAGUCCCUUAUGUUAUAUAUUGGAAAAAUACAUUCUCGUUUUAUGCAGCCUGCCAUUUUCGUCAAGCACUGUUAUCGGUGAUACAAAGUUCAUGUAGCCAUACAUGGGAUGCAUUCCAACUUGCCCAUGCUUCUUUUAGACUGUACUGUUUAUGGAACAACAAUAUUGCCUCUUCUAAUAGUCAGAAACAAAGUGUUAAGCCAGGACCACGUCUGCUCGGGGAGCCUCCCAAGAUUGAUGUUUCUCAACCAGAGGUAGAUAUGCAAGAGGAAGAAGGCUCUCCUGAAAAUCUUCCCGCCAUAAAGAUAUAUGAUGAUGAUGUGACUAUGAGGUUUCUUGUUUGUGGAUCACCAUGUGAAUUGGAUGCAUUCCUGUUGGGAUCUUUGGAAGAUGGACUUAAUGCCCUCCUGAGCAUAGAAAUACGUGGGAGCAAACUCCAUAACCGUGCAAGUGCUCCACCACCACCUCUUCAGGCGGGGACAUUUUCUCGUGGUGUAGUGACCAUGCGUUGUGAUUUCUCAACCUGUAGUUCGGCUCACAUAUCAUUUUUAGUGUCCGGUAGCGCACAGACUUGUUUUAAUGAUCAGCUUUUGGAGAAUCAUAUAAAAAAUGAGCUUAUCGAGAAGAGUCAGCUCGUCCAUGCACAAUCAAGUUCUGAUGAAAUCAAAUUGCCUUCAUCCGAGCCUCGUAGAUCAGCCUCAAUUGCCUGUGGAGCGAGUGUGUUUGAAGUGUGCAUGAAGGUUCCCACUUGGGCAUCACUGGUUUUGAGGCAACUUGCGCCAGAUGCAUCCUACCGCAGCUUAGUUAUGCUGGGGAUUGCUAGCAUCCAAGGGUUGUCGGUUGCUUCUUUUGAAAAAGAUGAUGCUGAACGGCUGCUUUUCUUUUGCACGAGGCAGGACAAAGAUCCCCUAUGGGCUAGUUCUGUGAUUGCCAGAUCUCCCAGCUGGUUGGUGCCUCCGGCACCUUCUCGUAAAAGAUCAGAGCCAUGUAAGGACACUAAACCUCUAAACUGUACUGUCAUGGAAGGUGUAAAUGGUAAUGCAAGACCAAAACCAAAAUUUGCUGCUAUGAGGCCAAUUCCUCACACACAUCGUCAUAAGAUACUUCCUUUUUCUGGAUUUUCUGAGGCUGAGAGAUACGAUGGUGACCAAGGAAAGGUUAACUUGCCAGUAGUUCCUGUAAAGCAACCUGCUCCUGUUACACAUCGGAAAGCAUUGUCGAGUUCUUAUCAGGCCCAGCAGAUUAUUUCUUUAAAUCCAUUACCUCUUAAGAAACAUGGUUGUGGUAGAGCCCCUAUACAGGUUUGCUCAGAGGAAGAAUUUUUGAGAGAUGUAAUGCAGUUUCUGAUUCUUCGGGGACAUACUCGUCUCGUUCCUCAAGGUGGGUUAGCCGAGUUUCCUGAUGCUAUUCUGAAUGCAAAACGUCUUGACCUUUUUAACUUGUAUAGAGAGGUGGUGUCAAGAGGAGGCUUUCAUGUAGGGAAUGGCAUAAAUUGGAAGGGUCAAGUUUUUUCGAAGAUGCGCAAUCACACAAUGACAAAUAGAAUGACUGGAGUGGGCAACACUCUGAAAAGACAUUAUGAGACUUACCUUCUAGAGUAUGAAUUAGCUCAUGAUGAUGUAGAUGGAGAAUGCUGCCUGUUGUGUCACAGUAGUGCUGCAGGUGACUGGGUAAACUGUGGAAUUUGUGGCGAGUGGGCUCACUUUGGCUGUGAUAGGCGGCAGGGGCUUGGAGCGUUUAAGGAUUAUGCAAAAACAGAUGGGCUGGAGUACGUUUGUCCACACUGUAGCAUCUCAAAUUUCAAGAAGAAACCCCAGAAAACUAUGAAUGGUUAUUGACAAAGCUUUGAUUCACUUUAGAUUCCUCCCGACACUCCCUCCCCCUUCUUUUCCCAACUUAGAAGAAAUAUAUCUCUUUUUGUUUUAUUUUCUUUUUCUUUUUUUUCCUCAAUAUAAUGCAUGAGAUAAGGCACCAUGUUAGGAAUGUAAUUAUUGUAUUGUAUCCCCAUUGUUGUUCUCAUAUAUAUAGAUCAGGCAAUUAACGAGGCUCCCAAUUUUUCCCCAAUAUUUUGUAUUCUACAAAACAGAGAUCAAGAAGAGUAACUGUAGAAUGUAUUCGUAUUUUACUCAAUUAAAGUAACGAGGUAGUUUUUUCCUAGUAGAUUUUGCUCACGGUAUGAAAUGGUUGGAUUUUUUUUUUCUCUGGUUGUUCUCUUCUACCAAGACAAUUAGCACUUUGUCAACAAUAAUUAUCAAACAUUCUGUUUAUUUGGGUUGGGUUGUGUUGACUAUUGGUUGGAUACGAAAGCUCUCAUGUUGUUUUUGGGGAAUUCAGAGGAUCUUGAAUUCAAAUUCAGGUAGACGAAGUCCAUAGUGACAUGGAGGCGAUACCA